AUGCCCCGAGUCAGAAGUACUCGUAGUGGUAAAUUGGGUAUUAAUCCCCUACUGUUUGAUUCUAAGCUUAACGUCUAUAAUGUGUCUUUGUCAUUUGAUACGCGACAAAAAACAAUCAUUUUUUUUACUUCCAAGAAGAGAUCGAGGAAUAUUGAGACCGAGAACACAGCACACGUGUUACGCAAUAGCCUUAUAUAUUCGACGUACGAUCUCGAAUUGGAAUCCUUUCCACCAGCUUCAUAUAAUGCCUCUCGCAUCGACUUAGUUGGCGUCCUGCUAAUGUUAUUACCAAUCGGCUUGUUCAUACCACUAGCAUCCUUGACCGGUCACUACGCCGAUAUCAAUCAAAUUGGAAUCGCAAACACAUUAUACAUGGCCUCCUGUGUUGCAUGGUUAGUAUUUGGCAUCUUUUAUCUGACAGGAUCAAUGUUAUUUUGGAACCGGUUUAUCGCUUCUGUAGGAAACGUUGACUAUACAACAAUUGGAAAGAAAUUAACCGCCGCUUUGAAACUUCUUUCUGCAUGCUUUUUCUUGGUGGUAGUUCCGUUGUACGAUGUAUUUUACAGAUCUCACACAGUCUGGGAUUAUGGUGCAGAUAUUGUUUACCUUGUAAUUGGGGAUUACUUUGUGCCUCUUCUCAUACACAUAACCCAAUGGACGAUAAUUUACAAUACCUUCGUGUCCGAACCUGCGAAAGUAUCAUCUGUAAAUAUACAAGAGGAAAAAGGUGAUGAUGAUUAUUAUGAAGCAGAUUACUCGUUGAACUCAGGAUAUAAUAGUUCAACCAUGCCUUCACGAAAUGACCCGUCGCAACCUCAGAAUUCUCAUAACAAUAUUUUUUCAUUAAAACCGAGGCGGGCAACUUCCAUGCAUGAUACUAUGAAUGCCAAUUCAUUUUUCUUCAAUUCGGAACGGACAAAAAGUGAACAUAAAUAUAGUGAAUCGCGGCAUUCGAUCAAUUCAUUCUCUGACAGUACAACCUUAAGCACAGUCAGCACUUAUGGAUAUAGUAAUGGUUCCGGGAGUAAUAUCAAAAAGGAGUUGGUGAAGAAACACCAGUCGGCGAUAGUUAAUAUAUAA